AUGCGACAUUUUCCAUAUAAAUCCAUUCAAAUAGCAGGCCGUCACAACAGAGAAUAUCUCAUUGUGGAGGGAAACGAUCGACCCAAAAGGCAUCGGCAUGUUACGAUCUCGCCAAGCAAACACAGCGAUGCCGAUGGAAGCGGUGACGUGACAAAAAUUGAAGUGGAGCUUAAGGAAGCACCAGAUGCUGUCAUCGUCGGCUCUAUGUCAUCGGAAUUGGAAGCCACCACCGAGCUCAAUUCGACCUUUCCCAAUGAAACGGGCGCGGUAGUAGUACGAGCCGAGGAGGUCCUGAUUGUCGUUCUUGUCCUGGUCCUAUGGGUGGCUGCCAUCGCUCUGUUUUUCAAUCGAUGGGGCAAGAUCCGCAUGCUCGAGCCGUACCAGCCAAAAUUUCAGCAACAACACAGACAAAGCUGUACCAUGGUCGAUCCAAGCCCACUCCAGCACCGGAAUUCGAAGUUUAACAUCUACUGCAUGGAGCAUCCGGUGCACCAGGUGAGCUGCGUCUCGGCCGCCGGGCCGGCUACCAGGCUGCGCCAGAACAGCGUGUUCGUGGGUUCGAGCAUGUCGCUGCUGCCGGCCAGCCAGGAGACGCCCAGGCGAGCCAAGAGUGCGUUCGAUCUGCAGUCGCUGGUGCACGCGGAAAGUAUGGGAACGCAGAACGAUGAGGAGGAAAGCGACGGUGACACGCUGAGGACCCUUAGGUCUAUCGGUGAGACAUCGCGACUGUUGCAGCGCGAGCGUCGACCCAGCACUUACCAGUUCGACCGCAUGGACGUUCUGGCGAGGCCGACGUUGCAGCACGAGCGCGGUAUGAGUAUCUGUCACUUCGACAGGACAGACGUCCUGGCCAGACCGCUGCAGAGAGAUCGCGGCAUGAGCAUCUGCCACUUCGACCGGAUGGACGUCCUGGCCAGGCCAACAUUGCAGCGCGACCGUGGCAUGAGUAUUUGUCACUUCGACCGGACGGACGUUCUAGCGAGACCGCUGCAACGCGAUCGUGUCAACAGCAUCUGUCACUUCGACAGAAUGGACGUACUGGCGAGGCCCACGUUUCCGCCCGGCAAGUCUUUGUUACGGGAGAGACGCGUCAGCGUGUGCAAUUUCCUGGAGAGGGACGAGGAAUCGACGAGCAGCAGAAACAUUUCACAAAAGGACAGACGGUUGAGCUUCAGUAAUGUCGACAAAAUCGAGACUCUUGGGAAAUCAUUAUCGCGUAGAGACUUGCGCGGCAGCAUCAGCAACGUGGUGGACAGCAAACAGGACAGCCUGGCGAAAUCAAGCAUGAUCAAAGAGAGGAACAACUCCGUGCACUUUGAUCGUCCAUCCUGCAGUAAAACGUCCGACGUCGUGCUCGGAUACAAAGCGACGUGCGUUUAAUCGCGGCUUCUUCCAGGGCCUCCUGGAGAACGCGCGAGGGCGUCGACUCCGUGACGAUGGUCCAGUCGCGGAUCUACUUUGGACGAAAUACGGCUGUGAAAUCCUUUCGUAAUCGCUUUCAAU